GCCCACAUUGCGGUACAUAAAGGGAAAGCGGAAAAGAUUGUUUGUAAAAUGUGCGUUUAAAAACAAACAAUAGUAGAUGCUGUGCUGUGUUAUCAGUGAACGCUUGGAAAUUAAAUACAAAUAAAUUAAUUGGUGUGCUAAACAAACACAAACAAAAUGCAUAAAAGACAGUACAAUAGGCUGCAGCUACUGUUGCUUCUGAUGCUGCAAGUAGCGUUUACACAGGCGUUACCCGACAUAAUAAAAAUUGGUGGUCUCUUUCAUCCAUCGGACGACAAUCAGGAGCUGGCAUUCCGCCAAGCUGUUGAACGCAUCAAUACCGACCGCUCCAUUUUGCCACGCUCCAAGUUAAUGGCGCAAAUUGAACGCAUUUCGCCUUUUGACAGUUUCCAUGCCGGCAAAAGGGUCUGCGGCUUGCUCAACAUUGGUGUGGCCGCCAUAUUUGGACCACAAUCCUCCCACACUGCGAGCCAUGUGCAGAGCAUAUGCGACAAUAUGGAGAUACCCCACUUGGAGAAUCGCUGGGACUACCGACUGCGACGCGAGAGCUGCCUGGUGAAUCUUUAUCCGCAUCCUAAUACGCUUUCCAAGGCUUAUGUGGAUAUUGUGCGCCACUGGGGCUGGAAGACGUUCACCAUUAUCUAUGAGAACAACGAUGGCAUAGUGCGGCUGCAAGAGCUGCUCAAGGCUCAUGGCAUGACACCGUUUCCCAUAACAGUGCGUCAGCUUAGCGAUGGCGGGGAUUACAGGCCGCUGCUCAAGCAGAUUAAGAACUCGGCGGAGGCGCACAUUGUGCUGGACUGUUCCACGGAGCGCAUACAUGAGGUGCUUAAGCAGGCUCAGCAGAUCGGCAUGAUGAGCGACUAUCAUAGCUACUUGGUUACUUCACUUGAUCUACAUACGGUUAAUCUGGAUGAGUUUCGCUAUGGCGGCACCAAUAUAACAGGCUUUCGUUUGAUUAAUGAUAAAGUGGUGUCGGAUGUAGUGCGUCAGUGGAGCAUUGAUGAGAAGGGACUGCUGCGUUCUGCUAAUCUAACCACUAUACGCUCGGAGACUGCGCUUAUGUAUGAUGCAGUGCAUUUGUUUGCCAAGGCGCUGCAUGACUUGGAUACAUCACAACAGAUUGACAUACAUCCCAUCAGCUGUGAUGGUCAAAGCACUUGGCAGCAUGGCUUCAGUUUGAUUAACUAUAUGAAGAUUGUUGAAAUGAAAGGUCUAACCAAUGUCAUCAAGUUUGAUCAUCAAGGCUUUCGCACUGACUUUAUGCUGGACAUUGUGGAGCUAACACCAGCGGGCAUACGCAAAAUUGGCACCUGGAACUCUACGCUGCCCGAGGGCAUUAACUUUACGCGCACUUUCAGUCAAAAGCAGCAGGAAAUUGAAGCCAAUUUGAAAAAUAAAACUUUAGUUGUGACAACUAUAUUGAGCAAUCCCUACUGCAUGCGCAAGGAGUCAGCUAUGCCGCUAACCGGCAAUGAUCAGUUUGAAGGCUAUGCCGUUGAUCUUAUACACGAAAUUUCCAAAUCUUUGGGCUUCAAUUAUAAAAUUCAGCUUGUGCCUGAUGGCAGCUAUGGCAGUCUUAACAAAAUGACAGGUGAAUGGAAUGGCAUGAUACGUGAGCUGCUGGAGCAACGCGCUGAUCUGGCCAUAGCUGAUCUAACUAUCACCUUUGAGCGUGAACAGGCUGUGGACUUUACUACGCCCUUUAUGAAUCUGGGCGUAUCCAUACUGUAUCGCAAGCCCAUAAAGCAGCCGCCCAACUUGUUCUCUUUUCUGUCGCCGCUUUCGCUGGACGUUUGGAUUUAUAUGGCUACUGCUUAUCUUGGUGUAUCCGUGCUGCUGUUCAUCUUAGCCAAAUUUACGCCUUAUGAAUGGCCAGCUUAUACGGAUGCACAUGGCGAAAAGGUUGAAAGUCAGUUUACUUUGCUCAACUGCAUGUGGUUUGCCAUUGGUUCGCUUAUGCAACAAGGCUGCGACUUUUUACCCAAAGCACUCUCCACGCGCAUGGUCGCUGGCAUUUGGUGGUUCUUUACUUUAAUUAUGAUCUCAUCUUAUACUGCCAACUUGGCUGCAUUUCUAACUGUCGAACGCAUGGACUCACCCAUUGAGAGUGCUGAGGAUUUGGCCAAGCAAACUAGAAUUAAAUAUGGCGCACUUAAAGGUGGCAGCACUGCAGCUUUCUUCAGAGACUCUAAAAUCUCAACAUAUCAGCGCAUGUGGUCCUUUAUGGAAUCAGCGCGUCCUUCUGUAUUUACAGCAAGCAAUGGCGAGGGUGUCGAUCGCGUAGCCAAGGGCAAAGGCUCUUAUGCUUUUCUCAUGGAAUCCACUUCGAUUGAAUAUGUUACGGAGCGCAACUGUGAGCUUACCCAAGUGGGCGGCAUGCUGGAUACAAAGAGCUAUGGGAUAGCCACGCCUCCAAAUUCACCUUAUCGCACUGCCAUCAACAGCGUCAUAUUAAAGCUGCAGGAGGAAGGUAAGCUGCACAUACUGAAAACCAAAUGGUGGAAGGAGAAACGCGGCGGCGGCAAGUGUCGUGUGGAAACCUCAAAAUCAUCUUCAGCUGCCAAUGAGCUGGGCCUGGCCAAUGUGGGUGGCGUGUUUGUGGUGCUCAUGGGCGGCAUGGGCGUGGCCUGUGUUAUAGCUGUGUGCGAGUUUGUGUGGAAAUCACGCAAAGUCGCUGUGGAGGAGCGUCUGAGUGCAAUACUCAAUGAAUGAGGAAAAUUGUAAACCCAGGAUGAAUGGGUCUAAUAGCGGUCAAGAGACCAUUGAAUCAAAAAGAUGAAUUAAAAGCAGACUUUACUGCAAAACGGAGCAUACCACAUUUUUGGCAAAUAAUAGGGAAACAAUCAAAUCUGUUGUAAUAGACAAGGUAACACCAAUAGCAAAUAAUGCACAGUAUUAUAUGAAGUCAUAUUUAGCAUUAGACAGACAGACAGUAAAUUUCAA